AUGGCCGCCGAAAAAAAGAAACCCCCGCCGAAGAAGAAGUCGCCCGAGAAAAAGAAAACCGGGGACAAAUCAAAAAAUAAGUCGGAAAAAGAUGCUUUACAUUCCACUCUCUUAAAGAUAUGUUAUGUUAUAGCCAUUUCCGAUCUGCUACAUGCCUUGUACUUCACCGUUCAAGCAAUGAUGCUAAUGGUUAAAAAGUUUAGCGUGUUUGCUAUGCUGGCAGUUCUGGGUGUCAUUUUCUGGGUUAUAAUUGUAAUUAUGUUGCUUGUAGGGUUAUGCAAGCGCAAGCCAGGUUUGGUUCGAUUUUGGCUUAUAUUUUCUUUAGCCGGCUUUAUUACCGACAUAAUAUUUCUGCUGUGGGGCAUUGCGACUUCACUCACUGUGGAUUGGGACCGGCUUCAGGAGUUUUCAAUCAUUAUUCUUGGCAUUUUUAUUGAAAGUUGCUGCUUAUUUUUUAUACAUCGUUAUUAUAAAGUUAUGGGUGAGAAACCAAAAGAGAAACGGACUUUAUGCUGUGGCGGAGGAAAUAAUGAUAAGAAAAAUAAAAAUAACAAAAACUCAAAAAAGAAGAAGGGAAAAAAAUAA